AUGUUAGAGUAUCGUUAAAAUAACAUAUAGGUUGUAGUACGAGUAAAGCCUGAAUAAGGUUGUAUUUAGGUAGAUGAGUGUGAUUCAACAGUUUUAUAAAUAUCGAACAAGUAAUAUCACUAUGAUCAUGUGAUUCCUCCAAUGGCUUCAUAAUAAGAUGUAUUCACAUUAAUAGGUUAACCAUUAAUAAAUAAUGCUUUAUAAGGUUAUAAUGGAUGUGUGUUUGCUUAUGGAUAGACAGGUAGUGGUAAAACUCAUACAUUGAUUGGUAAUAAUGAUGGAUUACUUCCAUAAUGUUUGUAAUAUAUUUUUGCUUGUUCUAUUGAAGAUCCUAACACAAUAAUAAAGGGUUCCUAUUUAGAAAUCUAUAACGAAUAAAUAUUUGAUCUACUCUCUUCAUCUUCGGGUUCUUUAUAAAUUAGAGAAGAUCCAAAAAAAGGAAUAUAUGUAGAAAAUUUGAUAGCAGCUGUGGUAUCAAAUUAUGAUGAAGCCAUAGCCUUAUUAAGAAAAGGGAAUUCGAAUAGACAUAUUGCAGCUACUAAAAUGAAUAGUGAAAGUUCAAGAAGUCAUGCAGUAUUUUUAAUUCAAUAUUCUACUUCGAUUUAAUAAGAUAAAUGUGAAGUACAUUUAUAUUCAAAAAUGUAUUUUGUUGAUUUAGCUGGAUCUGAACGUUAAAAGACUGCUUAAACUGAAGGAUAAAGAUUAAAGGAAACCUAAGCUAUCAAUAAAAGUUUAACUUAACUUGGAUUAGUUAUUUAUGCUAUUGUAGAAAGAGAAAAAGGAAAUAAUAAAAUACAUGUUCCUUUUAGAGAUUCUAAAUUGACUACUCUUUUAAAGGAUUCCUUAGGAGGUAAUUCAAAAACAUUCAUGGUGGCUGCUGUUAAUCCAUUACAUGAAGAAGAAAGUAUAUCUACACUAAAAUUUGCAGAAAGAGUUAAACAAAUUAAAGUCAAAGCUCAUGUUAAUAAAGAAUAUUCUGGGGAAGAAAUUACAAAACUUAAUCUUCAAAUAUAAUAACUUAAAGAGGAAUUACUUAAAAAAACUAGAGAAUUAGAAAAUGUUUAACCUAGUGAUGCCUUAUAAUCGUAAUUACAUAUGUAAUUUGAUGAAAUUCAAAAACUACUUCAAUAAAUACAUUAAAGUGCCAUAUAAAUGGAACUUGAAACUGUUGAAGGUCAAUUAUAAGAAUAUGCUGAAAAAAAGAGUUACAUUAUUUAAAUUUUAAAAUCUUUAAAUUUAUCAUUCAAAGAAGAAGAAACACCUAACUAUUAAACUUUGAAUGAAAAUAUUGAGUAUUAAAAUAAAUUGAAAAUACAAUUGUUAUAAUAGGAGGAUGUUAUUUAUAAAUUAUAAAAAAAAAAAAAAGAAUUAGAGUAAAGUAUUAUUGAUUAACAAUCUGCUCAUAAAACCAUUCUAGCUUCAACAUUAAAAGGAUUUGAAGAUUAAAUCAAAAUGAAAGAUUAUCUUUAUGAUUAAAUCAAAGAAGAUUUAGAUUAAUUAGAAAUUUCUAAAAUGACAUUGUAACAUCAACAUGAUGAAUUAAAAGAAGAAGUUCAAUAAUAUGUUGAUAAAAUUGAAUAAAUGCAAAUUUAAUUAGUUCAAAACUAAUAACAUUAAUCAAACAUUUAUGAAGAAAAGUAGCAAAGUAUAAUAAAACUUGAUUAAGAUUUAUAAAAAUAAAUUGAAUACAACUCCUAAUUAAGAUUACAAUUAGAAUAAAUUCAUGUCGAAAUCUUUUAAAACAAUUAGGCUUUCUAAGAAGAGACUAAUUAAUUACAUACAUAAAUUGAAUAACAACAGUUAGAAAUUAAUAGAUUAUCAGAAUGGGUCUAAUAAUUAGAAGUUGAAAAUAUCAAUAUUAAAUCAAAUAAUGAUUUUAAAAGAGAAUAUGAUUAAUUGACUUAAUAAUAUUCUAAUUUAAAAACCUAAUAUUAGCAUUUAGAAUAAGAAUUGAAUUCACUCUAAACUGAGAAUUAAUAUAAUUUAAGUGUUAUAGAAAAUCUAGAAAUGUCAAUAAAAUCCUUAGAACUAUUUGAAGAUAAUUGGAAGUAAGAAAAUCAAUUAUAUAGAAACACAAUUCUAGACUUGUAAGAAAAACUAAAUUAAAAAUAAGAAAUAUUUUUAAACAUCCAAAAAUAAUUUAAAUUAGAGAAUUGUGAAAAUAUUAUUACUGAAUUGAACAAUAAAACCAAUUAGCUUUAUAGAAACGAAUAAAAAUUAAGAUAAGAAAUAUCAUAAUUGAAGUCAGAACAAUAAUUAUAACUCUAAAAAAUACAAAUAAGAGAUUAAACUAUUUCAGAUUUAUAAAAUGAAUUAUAAGAUUUACAAAAAACUCAUAGAACAAGUGAAGUAUAGAAAUAAAUUGAAUAAAAUGAGAAAACUUAAAGUUAAAGAUAAUUGGAGUAAAAGAUUGCUACUUUGAAGUUAGAAUAUGAUAAGAUUUAUAAAUCUAAAAAUGCAUUAUUGGUGGAAUACACAAAAUUAGAAAAUAAUUAAAAAGAAUUUGAAUCAUUUUUAAUAAUUUUAGAGAAGAAACUAUAAGACUAUGUAUCUAAUACCUUUAGAAAAAAUAGAGUGAUGAGUUAAGAAUAAUAAAUUUUAUAUCUGAAAACAACACAAAUUAAGCAAUCCAAAUUUGUGGUAAUUGAAGCUUUGGUCGAUAUUGUUAUUGUAAAUAUUUUAUAAUAAAUUUAGUUAGAUACAAUUGAUAGAUAGAUUAGAACAUUUUCCUAAAUUAGAAUAAAUUGA